GUAGACUUUAAUUUUUAACAUCAAUAUGUGAUUAAAACCUAAUUUAAAUUAUAUCAAAUAAUAGUCCAAUUGAUUCCGAGUAGCCCUCAAAAAGAUGAAGUUCUAUCAUUGAAAAAAACUCCAUUACACUCUUUCCAGGUGAUCCAUUGAUGGGAUAUUGGUCUGCUCUGUCAACCCUAACGGGCACCAAAUUACCCGAAAUUCGAGGCCCUCACAUCCACUGUACGGACGAUAAUAUCCUCUCCUCACUCCCUCUCUCGAAUGGCUCCCACUGCUACUCAUCUCAUUUUCCAAUCCCAGACCAUCAAGCCCAAACGACGCCGUUGCCGCGAGACCACCAUUACCGCCACCUCUCCGGCCCCCGAUCCCGACGCCGACACGAUUUCUUCAUCGUCGUCGUCGUCGUCUUCUUCUUCGGAGAUAUCGGCUCGCAGUCAGACGCGCGCACUCCAGCUAAGUCAAAAUCGUGCGAUCGACUCUCCCGCGUUUGUCUCUCCCGAGUGCUGCCCCGCCGUCUCCGGCGAAGACUCUGCCGCAUUUCCGCCGCCGCCGGCCUCUGCUUCGCCAUCUUCGUCAAAUCAUAAGAUCCGGUACUUCCCGAGUGCAUUGCAUCACUUUAUGGAUUCCCCAACCGCUGCCUCCUCCGUUGUCUACGGCGGCGCCACCUCCAUCUCGCCUGCCUGCUACGACGCCUUCCCUUCGUCUCUUAGCAAAUUCAACUCUGCUCUCACUGCCGGUCUUCUAAACCCAAUGUCGCCUCCUCCAUCGGUGGAUAAGAACAGGCCUAGCCCGACACUCUUCGAGAUGAUGGCAAGCGAGCCAGAUUACCUCCCCAGAGCGGCUCCUCAGGCCGCUCCACAGAUUCAAUACGGGGUAAUAUCUUCCUCAAACCACAGGCCCAAUUCAAUGCCAGCCCUAGACAAGCAGGCCUUAAUGCAACAGCGGCUUUCAGAUCUUUUGGCCUGUAGGAGUCCUGGGAAUCAGUUCAAUGACUCGGCCUCCAGUGAUGUGAAGCUUACUUUGAGUUCGAAGGAUGGCUUGAGUGUUUCAAUCAAUGUUCACAGGGAGAUCCUGCUUGCCCAUAGUCGUUUUUUUGCGGUGAAGUUGUCUGAAAAAUGGGCCAAGCAGCAGAAGACUUCAGCUCCAUAUAUAGUAGAGAUUGCUGAUUGUGAUGACAUUGAGAUUUAUAUUGAGACUUUGAGGCUAAUGUAUUGCAAGGAUUUGAGGAAGAAGCUUAUGAAAGAAGAUGUUCCUAGAGUCCUUGGUAUCUUAAAGGUCUCGGCAGCAAUCGGGUUUGAUGCUGGGGUUUUGUCUUGUUUGGAGUACUUGGAGGCUGCUCCUUGGGCUGAGGAUGAGGAAGAAAAGGUGGCUUCUCUUUUGUCUGAGCUUCGGCUUGAAGGUGUUGGAGCUGGGGAAGUUUUGAAGAGGGUUUCUCUUGACACUAUGGGCAGGACACCGGAAGGGUCUGGCAACGAAGAAGUUCUUCUCAAGCUAUUGUAUGUGGUUCUUGAAGGGAAGGAUGAGAAGGCAAGGCGGGAGAUGAAAACCUUAGUUUCUAAAAUGCUCCAUGAAAGUUCAUCUCAAGACGACUUGACAAAGGAAUCUCUAUAUUCGGCUUGUGAUGCAUGCUUGCAAUUACUCAGACACCAUUUCUUGAAGGCAGCGAAUGGAGACUUGCAAGAUGUGGCACAGAUUUCUCGGCAGGCUGAUAAUUUGCAUUGGGUGUUGGAUAUAUUGAUAGACAGGCAGUUAGCCGUUGACUUUUUGAAGACUUGGGCUUCUCAGUCUGAAUUAUCCGAGGCACAUUGUAAAGUGCCCGCAGUUCACAGACAUGAGGUCAGCCGAGUAACUGCAAGGCUGUUUAUUGGUAUAGGGAAAGGGAAACUGCUAGCUUCCAGGGAAACCAGAUGCUUGCUGAUGCAGACAUGGUUAGUUCCAUUCUAUGAGGAUUUUGGCUGGAUGAGGAGGGCGUCUAGAGGUCUCGAUCGCCAUUUAAUUGAAGAUGGACUCAGCAGUACAAUCUUAACUCUGCCAAUGGCUUGGCAGCAAGAAAUAUUAAUGGCAUGGUUCGAUAGGUUUCUGAACUCUAGCGAUGACUGCCCAAACAUUCAGAGAGGAUUCCAGAUUUGGUGGAAAAGGGCUUUCUGGAGGAGGAACGGUCAUCAGCCCGAGCUCCCUUCUCAAAUGCGUGUCGUGGCUGCCACAAUUGAAAACACCUGAGUGAUUGCCCAGCCUGAAAACAUCAUAUUUUCUCAGGUAUGUGGUUUCUCUAUUAAAUGAUGAUCCAACUGGGUUGUUGUAGUGUUCUUUCUGGACCCUUCCAAGAACGAAUCGAUUCUUAUUCAUGCAUUGAUUGAUCUUUCCACUUUCACUGGGUUUUUAGAACCAGUUUUAGAGUUAAUAGAGGGUUCCCUUGUCU